CUUCUCUAUGCCACUAAAGCCAUUCUAAAGUAUCAAACAAGGUGUAUGAAACAGGAUUGAACCAGCCACAAAGAUCAAUUACCUCAGUGUAUAAUUAGAACAAGCUUUAUACAGUUGAUUUCGUCUUUAAAGAUCGAGUACAAUGCCUCUAGCGGGCACUAGUCACACCGAUGUCUCUCCGGUGAACGUCGGCAUUCUGGAAGUUCAAGGGGCUUUUAUGGAGCACAAGGUCUCCCUGCAGAAGGCCGCCAGUUCACUGGACCUCGAGAUCCACGUGCAUGGGAUUCGAACGGCAGGUGACAUAACAGACAGUCUGGAGGGAUUAAUAAUUCCAGGUGGGGAGAGCACAACAAUAAGCAUUUACCUUAAACGUAACAAUAUGGAAGAUGUUCUGAGAAAGUGGGUUCUCAAUGAGCGCCACGUUACGUGGGGCACGUGUGCAGGAAUGAUUUUGCUGGCAAAGGUCACCGAAAACCAAAAGCUCGGAGGACAAACUUCGCUUGGGGUUAUGGACAUGGACGUAUCAAGAAAUUUCUUUGGGCGACAACUGCAAAGUUUCGAGGCACCAGUAUCAAUAACAGACAAACAUUUCAGCGUUGUUACAGGAUAUGACACGUUUCCAGGCGUAUUUAUUCGAGCACCAGCCAUCGUGAAAGUGUUAAGCUCGGACGUACAAGUUCUUGCAACAACAAGGGCACCAGACGCUGAGGACGACGUCAUUGUGGCCGCUAAACAAGGAAACGUCAUCACUUCUGCGUUCCACCCGGAGUUGACAGAAGACUGUUCAUGGCAUAUGUAUUUCUUGCAGACUAUUAUCUUAAAACGAACGUGAACUAAUCUCAUAAAGCGAAUGUGAUAUAUACCGGACCUGGUUAUAACUUGCCCAUCUUUUUGGAUCUACAUUACUGUACAGACUAUUCAGGGAAUGACUAAUCAGA